AUUUCUCCCCCUUUUUUUCUCCUUAUAUAAACUCCACCCCCAAAUCCUCCACCAAUUCAACCAAAAAAAUUUCACCUUUUUGCCUAAAUUUUCAUUGUCAAUCCCUCAAUGGAGACCAAGAGAUUAUCCCGGCCAUCGCCGUCGUUCAGGCUGCGUAGCUCCAGCCUCAACGCUGUGCGCCUACGGCGAGUCUUCGAUCUCUUUGAUCACAAUGGCGAUGGCGAGAUCACAGUGGAAGAGCUCGGGCUCGCCCUUGAUCGCCUCGGCCUCGGCGCCGAUCCCACGGAUCUGAGAUUCACGGUAGAGACUUAUAUCCGGGAGGGGCGGAAAGGGCUCGCGUUCGAGGAUUUUGAGAAGCUUCACUCGGCGCUGGGCGAUGCGUUGUUCGGGCCGGUGGGGGAGGAGGGGGAGGAUGGUGAUGGGGAGAUGGAGGAGGCUUUCAAGGUGUUCGAUGAGGAUGGGGAUGGGUUCAUCUCGGAGGCGGAGUUGCAGGCGGUGCUGGCGAAGCUAGGGCUUGUGGAAGGCCGGAGCAUGGCGUGCGUCCAUGAGAUGAUCUGCUCCGUUGAUCGGAAUCAUGAUGGACGGGUGGAUUUCAAUGAGUUCAAGGGCAUGAUGCGUAGUAUCUCCCUCAAGAGCGCUUGAAUUUUUUUUUUUUU